AUAUACUAUUGUUUCAGAUUCACUUUGAACACUCAGGAAAAAAAAUGCAUUUUUUUUCCUGCUCCACAAUUUGAUGAAUUUCGAGAUAAACUAUCUGCUCAAUUAAGACCAUGGCAUCGUUCUCUUCAAUUCUGGGCUCGUACUGCUGAAAUUUAUACUGGUUAUAAGGUUUUUCAAGUUCAAGUGAGUUUUGUGAAAGAUGCAAAGAAGCAAGAGGAAAUGUGGGAAAGGCAACAUGAGAUUGCUGCUGAUAAGAUUUACAAUAUGUGCUAUGAUCUUGGUGGGUUCUUUCUUAAGAUUGCUCAAAUUGUUGGGAAACCGGAUUUGGCCUCUGCUGCCUGGGUGCGACGGCUGGUGACUCUUUGUGAUCAAGCUCCCCCUACACCUUAUGAGACUGUUAAGCAUGUGCUAGAGAAGGAGUUAGGAAAAAGCAUUGGAGAAAUGUUUGAUGUAUUUGAUGAAAAUCCUCUUGGUUCUGCUUCCAUCGCACAGGUCCACCGUGCAAAGUUGAAGGGUAACACAAGUGAUGUGGUUGUUAAGGUCCAACAUCCUGGAGUUCAAGAGUUGAUGAUGACUGAUAUUCGUAAUCUGCAAGCUUUUGCUUUAUACAUGCAGAAGACAGAUAUCAAAUUUGAUCUCUAUUCUGUAACAAAGGAAAUGGAGAAACAGAUUGCAAAUGAAUUUGACUUUACAAGAGAGGCUGCUGCGAUGGAUAAGAUCAGGCAAUUCCUGUAUGAGAAUAACAAGAAGAGUCCUGUUCUGGUACCACGAGUCAUGAAGGACUUGGUCAGUAGGAGGGUAUUGGUGAUGGACUACAUUGAUGGGAUCCCAAUUUUGAGACUUGGAGAUGAAAUGGCCAAAAGAGGCCUCAACCCUAGUGGUAGGGUUGCGGUUGCAGCAAAGCAGAAUAUCCUCAAAAGCUUGGCUGUGGCAUAUGGGCAGAUGAUAAUAAAGAGUGGAUUUUUCCAUGCAGAUCCUCAUCCUGGAAAUAUUCUAAUAUGUAAAGGUUCUGAGGUUGCAUUGCUGGACUAUGGGCAAGUAAAAGACCUCCCAGAGAAUCUGAGGCUUGGAUAUGCAAAUCUAGUGCUUGCUAUGGCUGAUAAUGAUCCUAUAAGAGCAAUCGAAAGCUAUAGGGAGCUUGGUAUCAACACUUUGAGUAAAUGUGAAAAUGAACAAGAGGAGAUGCUGAAGUUAGCACAGACAAUGUUCGACACAAAGCUACCUCCUGGAGUAACAAUGCUGCAACCUUUCUCUGAGGGAUCCUCUAUUAAAAAGAUUUCCGUUGAGGCUUUUCCUGAAGAACUGUUUUCUGUUCUUCGAACUGUGCAUCUAUUAAGAGGGCUAAGUGUUGGCAUGGGCAUGAACUUUUCGUGUGCUGAAGAAUGGCGAUCCAUAGCAGAAGAAGCUUUAUAUCGUGCCGGUAGACUUCAAGCCAAGGAUCUGAAGGAAAAAACACAAAGACACGGCUGGUUCAGAAGAACAUUUCGCAGGCGAUAGCUGUAACAAUUGUCAGGCUAGAGACAGAUGCAAAUCUGGAGAACAUGCAAAUAGCUACUAUCUCAUCCACCUUUGUUCACUCAUUUCUUCUAGUUAAUGCUUUUCUGUUGUUGUGUUCAUUCUUUAUUGAGUUAUUACAGAAAAAAGGAAGAGAAGAACCGAAAAGCGGCUCAUUUUGAUUACUUUUGUAUUAUUCUAGCCACUCUGAUGCCUAUUGGCAUAAUCUUAGAUGUUUUCUGUAAACCUUAGCAGGUGAUACUGCUGAUACAUGUGCCAAUAUAAUCUAUUAAUCUGAAAUUGAAUACAUGCUCGACAUUUUAACAA